UCCUUUUAAUAAAACAGGGCUGAGCUUCAGGCUCAGAGGCAGGUGCUGUCCCGCAGCCAGCCAGGCUGCGUCCUUCUUCUAACCUGAGCCCGCCGGGGAGGUGAGAGGCUGAGGGGCUGCGAGAAGCGCCUUCCCAUCCCCGGCCGCUCGCUUUUGCCUUGUCGCACACACGGGAAAGACCAUGGAGAAGAAGCCGCCGAUGCUGCCGCUGCUGCUGCUGCUGCUGCUGGUCCCAGGGGGGCCGGCAUGGGCCGCGAAGGAGAAGUGUCUCACCAAGAGUUACACCACCAGCGGGGAGUGCUGCAAAGCCUGCAACCUGGGAGAAGGGGUAGCGCAGCCCUGUGGGGUGAAUCAGACGGUCUGUGAGCCAUGCCUGGACAGCGUGACCUACUCGGACACCGUCAGCGCCACGGAGGCCUGCAAGCCGUGCACAGAGUGCGUGGGCCUGCAGAGCAUGUCGGCUCCCUGCGUGGAGUCGGACGACGCCGUCUGCAAAUGUGCCUACGGCUACUACCAGGAUGAGGGGAGCGGCCAGUGCAAGGAAUGCGACGUCUGCGAGGUGGGCUACGGGCUGAUGUUCCCGUGCGGGGACGCUCAGAACACGGUCUGCGAGGAGUGCCCUGAAGGGACCUUCUCUGAUGAAGCCAACCACAUGGACCCCUGCUUGCCCUGCACCAUCUGUGAGGAGAACGAGGUCAUGAUCAAGGAGUGCACCCCGAUAUCCGACGCCGAGUGCAGAGAUCUGCACCCACGCUGGACACCUCGGACCCCAACCCUGAUGGGGUCUGACAGCCCCGUGCCUUUCACCAAAGACCCGUACGAUACCGAAAGCAUCGCCAGCACUUUCGCAGAUACAGUCACCACCGUCCUGGGUAGCUCCCAGCCAGUCGUGAGCCGCGGCACUGCUGAUAACCUCAUCCCUGUCUACUGCUCCAUCCUGGCAGCCGUGGUGGUGGGGCUAGUGGCCUACAUUGCUUUCAAAAGGUGGAACAGCUGCAAACAGAACAAACAAGGUGCCAACAACCGCCCUGUCAACCAGACCCCCUCUCCGGAAGGAGAGAAGCUUCACAGCGACAGCGGGAUCUCCGUGGACAGCCAGAGCCUUCAUGACCAACAGCCACCAACACAGACUGCACAGGUGCAGGCUGUGAAAGGAGACGGGAACCUCUAUACCAGCCUGCCGCCGAACAAGCAAGAGGAGGUGGAGAAACUGCUGAACAGCUCCCCAGAGGACACUUGGCGUCACCUGGCGGGGGAGCUGGGCUACAAGGAGGAUCACAUAGACUCCUUCACGCAGGAGGAGUGUCCUGUCCGGGCCCUGCUCUCCGACUGGUCCAGCAAGGACAGCGCCACCAUGGACGCCCUUUAUUCCGCCCUGCGUCGAAUCCAGCGGGGAGAUAUUGUGGAGAGCUUGUACAGCGAGUCAACCGCCACGUCGCCGGUGUGAAGGGAGGGGUUGGAGAGGCGCUCCCAGCCAGCCCCUCUGCGACCCCACGGAGAUAUCAGCCGGCGAGAAGAUGUGAAGGAAAUGGGGUUCCCGCCUGGGUCCCCCGCUAUUUACGAACUGACCUCUUAUUUUCAGUAUUGUCUCCUUUUUUCCAUCACCCUUUCCCCUGGCGGACUGGCCGAUGCUAAAGCAGAAGGGAUAGAGCAAAGGCCACCGGGGGCUGUGGCCUCCUUCGGUCUUGCUGGGACCUUGGAGCGCUUGACGGCUUCGGAGCAUCUUGUAUGAGCAGAACAAUCUCUUGUGCACCCCCUCGAACCCCAACAAUACGUCUCCAGUAGCUGCAACAAUGACCGCGUUUGCUCUUGCUCAGGUCUCUCCUCUUUCUUUCUCUGUCUGCUUCGUUCCCUCUCUUCCACUCCCCCUCUGAGGAUCUUCCUCUGCCCCCCACAAUAUCCACCCCCUUCUGUUUGCCCCUGGUCACCAGUUGCUCUCCCUUUGAAUUGCAUCUGCCAAGCCAGGAAGGACAGACCCGACUGAAUUCAGAGAGAACUGGGUGGAUUUCAGGGCUAACAUUUGAGUGAAGAUGUUAUUAACAGAGCAUUGGGAUGGAGGGUGGGGAGCAGAGGGAUGUAAUUAGAAAGAGCUACCCAAGGAUGCAGCAUGGGGGAAAAAGGGCUUCUGACACAUUUGUGCCUCUGCACUGUCCUUGGGAGUGGGUGAGGGGACUUUGUUUCUAGCAGGCACAAUCUAUGCUGUGAAUCAUGAAACAUACAGCGUGCGCUUUGGCAAGAGAUCCACGUGCCUCCGUGACACGCACAUGCCUCAUUCUUGGAAGAGUUUGCCUUGGUCAUUAGCAGCCAGACUGUCUAACACAUUAAGAAACAAUCUAGUUACCUAUGGAAUAAUGUCAUUUGCCUGCCCUAGGUGCUCAGCGGUCAAUCGCCAGCACCUUCCCAGGCACUGAGCUCUCCUGGGCAGACGUCACCUUUGUUAGAGCCACCAAAUUCCAGUGGAGAAUAGCAAACCGCUAACGGUGCCUGGGAAAGCAGAAAACAAUUGCCAUCCACCACGCUGCAGGUCAGCCAUCAAUCCUGGUGCUGCCAUGGAGAGCUGGAGCAGCUGCUGUCAUCCCAGACCUCUCCUUAUUGCACCGGUGAGACACUAGGAGACAGGCUCUGUGCCCUUCCUCGGAUCAGUGAGCCACUCACUAUGGGCUACAACAUAUCACGCUGCUACAUUAGCAGCCGACGAGCAAGGGGAAAGUGGGGCUGGGCGACCUUAGUGAUGGAGUCAAUUUUAUCCUAUAUGGGUUCUUAGAGCAUGAUCAGUACUGUAGUAUCUGAGCUGGUACAGAUGAGGCUUGAAAGAGUCACUCACUCACUCAUGCCCGUCACCCCAGUCAGGGUAUGGGCCGCCAACAACAGAUCUCCAGAGUCCUCUAUCCUGGGCCAUUUGUUCUAACUGGUUCCAGGUAUAGCCCAUUUUUUUGCUAUCAGCCUGAAGGUCACGUCACCAGGUGUUUCUUGGACGGCCUCUUUUCCACUUGCCUUGGGGGUUCCACUGCAAUGCCUGUCUGGUGAUGUUAGUUGGCUGCUUGUUUAGUGUAUGUCCUAUCCAACCCCACCUUCUCCUUCUGAUUUCCUCCUCUGCUGGGAGUUGACAGGUCCUCUCCAAGAGGUGGAUGUUACUGAUGGUGUCUGGCCAGCAGAUCUGGAGAAUCCUUCUGAGGCAGCUAUUUAUGAAGGUCUGGAUCUUCCUGAUGGUUGUUUUGGUUGUCCUCCAGGUUUCAGCUCCAUACAAUAGGACUGAUUUCACAUUGGAGUUAAACAGUCAAAUUUUUAUUGCCAAAGACAGCUUUCUAGAGCUCCAGAUGUUCUUGAACUGUAAGAAGGCUGCUCUUGCCUUAUCAAUCCUUACUUUGAUGUCUGCGUUUGUGCCACUCUGCUGGUCGAUGAUGCUACCUAGGUAGGUGAAGGACUGCACUUCUUCCAGGGGGCUUCCAUUCAGUGUGACUGGGUCAUUGCUGGUGGAGUUAAUCCUAAGGAUCUUGGUCUUGUCCUUGUGAAUGUUGAGGCCAACCUGUGAUGACGUGGCUGCCACUACGUUGGUCUUCUCUUACAUCUGCUGUUUACUGUGUGAAAGGAGUGCAAGGUCAUCAGCAAAGUCCAGGUCAUCAAGCUGGGUCCACAACAUCCACUGGAUUCCGUUCCUACGCUCGUAGGUGGA